AUGGCGCCAGCGAGGGACAGCGCAUCAUCUAGCAGAGACACUUCGCCAGAUCCCAUCACCCUCCCCUCGUCACCGAUAGUCGCGCGUUCAGAUCGCAAGCCUAGGACCAGCCUCAAACCAUCCCCGCGCAAGAUGAACCGACGAAGCGCGACGCCCUCCAAGUCGGUCAUCCUGGAUACCCCGAGAGCAGGCAACGAGAGUCCAUGGCGCAUCAAAGUCACCGUCGAGGCCGAACCGCGAGACGGCAGUCCAGGCAAGAGGAUGACUCGAACGACCUCUGUUCCGCUCAAGGAAUCGGGCAGCAAGAGAUCCAGCAGUCCUUCAAAACGAGGCGCGGCGCAGAACCCGACCGGUGGGGUCAAGAGGCCUGGGAGGAAGCGCAAGGGUACGCCAUUGAGGGAUACGAGACCAGCGAGACAAUACCAUGAGCCGGAGCCGGCUACGGAGGAAGACGACGCCAUGCCGCAAAGAUCGCAUUCGCCAGCUCGGCGCGCAUCCGGGAGACUUGCACGAUUGAGCGCACAGCCUGGAUCUGCUCGUUCUAAGCGUCUGAGCUAUGCGCGCGACGAAUUAGAUCAAGCACUACAAAAUGCCGUUGGGUACUCUGACAUGGAUACAAGGUGCGAUGCGCCGGGAGAAAUGACCACAUCCAAGAACGAGGACUUCAGCAUGGUCUCGAUGGAGUCGCUGCAGACCGCCAAAGAGAUCAGCAUGUCGAAUGUCAUGCAAACUAUCCCUGAAGGCGAGAAGUCGGCUGCAAGCGUCUCGUAUAUGGCUUCAUCUCCGCCGAAAGUACGCUAUCCAAAUAUUGAGCGCAAAGCUGACAGGGCGAGGUCAAGCCUUGGGCAGUCGGUUUCGAAUGCAUACGAUCCAAUGAGUUGGAAGCCGACUCCAGCUUCGACCAAAUCCACAUCAUCAUCGGCAAGGCAACAACAAGAACGACGCCUGGAGAAUGAACGCCAAUGGCAAGAGCAGCGCGAGUCUGUCAGCCAGCAGAUUGACUAUGCACAUGACGAAGACGUUGUGAUUGUGGAUGAUGUUCAGGACGAUGUCGACGACGAUUUUGAACAGGAUGUCGCCGGUGACGAUGCCGACGACGAUGUUCAACGGGAUAUCGCCGGCGAUGAUGAAGAUAUCUGGCAAGACGAAGCUUCGCGUUCAAUAGAAGAGAAUCAGGGCAACCAGUCCAGACGAGGUGCUGUGGAUCAGCAAGAGCGCUCGCCGCAGGUCGAAGACCUCUUCGCUGGCCAGCCACUGAAGCCACUACGGGCUAAGAUCCCUCGAACGUGGCGUAGAUCGUCAGGCAUGGAUUUCUCGUACGUUGAUUCACCAGCACAUGAGCAUGUCGAGGAGCAUCAGCCUGAGGACGAGGAAAACGAGGCAGAACAGAUGGAAGAAGCGUCUGACCAGGAGCCUGACGAGGAUCUUGAUGAGGAGCCAGCAGCAGGUCACGCCGAAGUACAGACGCAGGACCGCCGACAAUCCACUGACGGCAGCGGUGUUCUCACUCCUCCAAGCACAGAGGAUAGCGAGCAGUCUGAUGACGAUGUCAAUGAGGAUGCCCAGGAAGACGAGAGCGAGUUUGAACCGGACGCUGAGGCGACGAGAAUGGCAAACGUGGCUGACGAAGAGGAUGAAGUCGCAAGUCCAGGAUCUGACGACAGCAUGUCUAGUCCCGAUGGCGAAGAUACUGGCAACUUCUUCCAGACGAAUCUUCCUCAGGUCUACCUUAACGAGAGACCACGGCGACGACCGCCGAGGCAGAAGACAAUGGACUUGACAGAAUUGCUCAAUCUCGACAACGUGAACAGUCCAGCCAAAGCAGCGGUCACUGGUUCAAGAGCCGGUGCUGCCGGUAGUCCCAAGGUGCACAAACCCUCGGUGCAGACCAACCAUAGUCCACCACAGUUGCGACCAUCCGGUAGCAACAUCAAGACGAACGAGCCAAGCCGAGACAAGGUUCUUGGUAGUCCACUGAGAAAGAGCUUACUGAGAAGCAGUAAGAUGUACGGAAGCCCUGCAGGUGCGACUAGGAAGCGUGACAGGCCUACGUUCUUUCCAGUGGGAAUGCGGAGGCAAGAAACGAGUCAACUCCACUCUGUACACACAGAAGAGGGUGAUGUCGGCAACAGCUUCGAGAGCAAGGCCAGUGACCAGAGACAACUUCUUAGUGAAGCAGAUAUCGAAGAGCGGCGUUCCAAAGAACAUGAUCAGGACGAAUAUGAGGAGGACGAGGAGAUGGAGCAUGACGACAAGCCACAAGACUCGUAUCAGCCUUAUGUCGAAGAUGAAGAGAUUUAUGAAGAGGAGGGUCGGGAUAUGACACCCGACGAGGAAGAGUACUCCGAGGAAGAGAUCGCAAACCCAAGUCAGAGUUACGAGGAGCGCCUCAAUCUUGACUCGCCACAAAAGGUCCACGUCAACUUCAACGACUCCAAGACCGCAUUAUCCUUGCUCGUCAACAAGAACAACCCUCGCCUCUUCAAUCCUUCGACUGUCUCUCGAUACCCACCCAUAACGGAGCAAUUUUCCAGUCACCUCGACUCUCCUGGCACAAUAACACUGGUCGGCAAGAAGCCCACUCAGCAACCUCAACAGCCAGGCUUCUUCAGCCGUCUAUCAACCACCUUCUGGAACGCCGUAACACGCCCACCAGUCUACGCAGAAGAGAGCAUCCCAGCUCAGCGCCCAACUCAACGACCAUGCCAGCCUCCAACUCAAGUCUCCGACCAAGAAGAAUGCACCAGACUAUUCCCCUCCACCCUCCGCACCCAAAUCCGCAACCGCUACGGCGUCGUCUCCGAAGAAUACCCCUGGACCUUCGCCCACAUGCGCACCCUCCAGCGCAUGCUCAACUCCCUCACCUCCAAUCGCACUGACAGCAUAAUCCCCCGCACCGGUCGCCUCCCCUUCUACCUCGAAAACCUCAUCGACACCCCACAAACCGACAUCACCGGCCGCGACUUCUUCUUCGAAUACGAGCACACUUAUGUAGUGCACUCCUUCUUCCAAGUCCUCGUUUCGAAACACCUCAUCGACGCCAUGCGGAGGGGCGACGUUGAGCCUUUGGGCGAUGCUUGGUCGAGGACGAUGAAGGAGGCGUUUGGCGAGCCGGGCGAUAGUGUUGUUUUCACCACGGAGGCACAUGGGAAGGAGGUUGCUGGUUGGGUCAAUUCGCAUAAGGGGAGGAUUGGGAUGCGUUUUGUGGUUAAAGCGUUGGGUACUUGUCUUUUGCAUAAUAAGGGGUUGGAGGAGAAGUGGGGGAUGUCGUUUGAGGAGUUGCAGAGGAGGGAUUUGAUUGGGAAGGAGCCUCCCCGGAGGUAG